AUGGGAUCCUUCUCGUUCGGCUUCGGCGGCGAUAACGAUGGUGAAGAAGGGGAAACGCAUGCUCCUCCUACCAAGACUUCAAAUGGGAAAGUCGUCUAUCAGGUUGGGAUUGAAGAAUACCGCUUUGAUGAUCUGUUAUCAACCCUCCCAGAACAUCUAAGCUACAGCACUGUUCGUAUUGAAUCACCUAUAGGACGUAUCCUACACCUGCCAAAACGUGACCUUUACGAUGUCAAAGUACAAUUGCUUCAAGAAGGCUCCUCAAACGACGACAUCAUCGACCAGAUCGACAAGACUGACAUCCGGACUGGGGUCUACGAAGGCGGCUUCAAGACAUGGGAAUCUGCUGGCGACCUAGCCAGUCUUCUAUUGGAUCGUGGUCCCAGGAAGGACAUUGAUGAAUUGGUUCGAUGUGAUCAGCUGGGAGCUGGCACGGCGCUUCCAACUCUGGUCCUCUUCAACCACGCUCUGCAGAACAACAUCUCCCUAACCUUCACCCUAGCGGACUACAACGCAACAGUACUCCGGCUAGUCACACUGCCCAACCUGCUCCUAACAUGGGCAUCCAAUAUACCAUCAUCAGGAAUGCCACAACUACAGCAUGACUCAUUAGGAGAUCUAGACAUCACACCCGAACUCCUGCAACAAUUCAAAGCGGACCUCAAAGCCAACGCCAUCGACCUGAAAUUCCUCUCCGGUCCCUGGUCGCCUGCUCUGGCCUCCCUUAUCCCAACCUCAGCACCAGAAAUGGGCACACUAAUCCUCGGCGCAGAAACAAUCUACAGUCCUGCCAGCACGACAGCCUUCGUCGACCUCGUCUGCACCCUACUUAAACGAGUAAAGAUGUCGAAAGCCAUGGUGGGUGCUAAACGUCUCUAUUUCGGCGUAGGCGGAAGUGUAGACGGUUUGAAACAAGCUUGCCGCGAUCACGGAGCUGUGGCGUAUGAGAUAGAGAACCACGGUGUACCCGGGCUUGAGCAUGGCAAGGUAGGAGUGGGGAGGGCGUUGAUCGAGGUGCAGAUGUAUUGA